AUGGCCUCUCGCUCCGUCCUCCUCCGACUGAGAUCGCAGCUCCUCCGCUCCACGAAAUUACGUCCGCUGCCGGCUCCUCUUACUCCUGCACAAGCAUCUUCUUCUCCUCCACUCGCAUCGGAGCGGUUGAUUCUCUCAUCGAUUUCAGAUCUCCGUACAGUUUACAACGAUUCCGCCCCGAUCUCAGGUCCCCGACUCUUCUCGACGGCCCGGCGCCACCCGGCGCGGCGGAAGACCGUGGACAUCGGAGCCCGAGCUCGCCAGAUGCAGACCAGGCGGAUGUGGACCUACGCGCUCGCGUUCAGCUGCGUGGCCGGGUUCAUCGUCAUCGUCCUGAACAAUUUCCAGGACCAGAUGGUGUUCUACGUGACUCCGACCGACGCGAUGGAGCAGAACAAGGCGAAUCCGAGGAAGACGAAGUUCAGAUUGGGUGGAUUGGUCCUUGAAGAAUGCUCUCGCUAG